AUGGCGCCCGAGGCUGAUACUGCAUCCUUUCCCUCGGAGCGCCCCUACCGCUCCCACCUCCGCCCGGCUUGUCUGGCCUGUCGGAAGCGCAAGUCUCGGUGCAAUGUCGAUCGGAAUGGGGGCACCUGUCUAACAUGCCGGGCACACGCAACAUCGUGCGAGUUCCCUCCGACCCCGGCCGGCACCUCUCCUCGGCCGAAGAGUGUCUGGAAACACGGCCGGGGCCGCCAGUCAAAGGACCUGGGCCACCGCCCGUCAUCGCCGCCCCAGACACAGAGCCUGGCCUCGGAUCUUCGUUUUGGUUCGCAGACGACCCGUCUGCCUCUUGCUGACGCCGGCCUGCCGGCUAGGAGGGAGUCGAGGUCCUUGGAUAGACAACUCCCGCCAGUCGCGCCCCGUGACAGCCGCUACCCCGAGCCCAUCGACGGAGGAGGGGAAGACGAGGCGCACAUUGUAGGACCGGCCGACAUCGAGGACACCCAGGUUCUCUCUACUUAUCUGUCCAAUGACUCGUCCGUUCUCAACAGAAGCAUCCGGACUAGGAUAUCGGGGACGAGCCCGCGACAAGACCACGGAAGUGGCAGCAGCACACGGAAACCCGUCGUGUUCACGACCGUGAGGAAGCAGCCGCUGGGUGUUCCAGAUGACCGGAACCCGGCGUUCCUGAAAUGCCAGAUGAUAGAGAAGCUUCUUGAGCCGGUGCUGCCUUACGUUGUCGAUUUGUUCUUCGAGAAGCCCAACCGUUGUUUUCCCCUGUUGGACAGGGACUCGUUUGAAAAACGCUUCGCCGAGGACCGGCGUCACAUUUCGCCGGCCUUGCUGUCAUGCCUCUAUGCGCACACGACGACCUACUGGGCCCAGUCGCCGAGACUUGCGACGCACCAUCGUCCGGACACGAGGUUCAUCUGGAACCAGGCCAACGACGCGCUGUACUCGGAGAUCCACCUGUCUCCCGGCAUCUCGACCUUGCUCGGCAUCCUGCUCAAUAUUUCCGGCCGACCCCUGACCUCCAUCAUCGGCAACGGGCUACUGCUUGGCUCGGCCAUUUCCCUGUGCCACUCGCUGGGCUUGAACCGAGACUCGUCCGACUGGGACGUGCCCGAGGCCGAAAAGCUCCUGCGGACGAAGAUCUGGUGGGCCAUAUUCGUGUACGACAAGUGGUCGAGUCUGGCAUACGGCACGCCGCCGCAGCUGCGCGGCGGCCAAUACGACGUGUCCAUCCCCACGGUAGAGCAGCUCUGCGGCCCCGCGCCCAACCCCGUCGACUUCGAGGCCACGUCCGUGUACCUGGCAUUCGUCUCGCUGUCCCGGUUCCUCGACCGGUACCUGGAGCACAUCUACGACCUGGAGAAGACGCUGCCGACCGGGCCAUGUGAUCUGGAAGUCCUGCUGACGCAGUGGGAAGACUCGCUCGACCCCGGCCUCCGCCGGAUCGUCAUUCGCGGCGGCGACCGGCUCGACGUCCCCGGGUCGGCGAACCUCCGCCUGGCGUACCUCUACAUCAAGCUGCUCCUCCGCAAGCUGGACCUCGACGCCGAGAAGGCGGCCCACGCCGACCAGCCGUCCGCAAUCCCCGUGCGGUGCUACCUCGAGGUCCGGCGCGCCGCCGAGGACAUUGUGCUGCUGGCCCAGGAGCUCAAGGACCCCCAGCUCGGCGACUACUGGCUGCCCCUCCUUACCUUCGCCUUCACCUCCACCACCAAGUGCCUCCUCCGCUGCGCGCUCGAGACGGAGGACACCGUCAGCGGCAUCGCCCAGAGCAUGUCGCUCAAGCUGGCGCGCGACCUCGUCGGCGCGCUGCAGCUGCACCGCCAGAAAGCCUGGGACGUCGGCGACCUCUGCAUCGCGCAGUACUCCGAGGUCGUCGAGAAGCUGGCCACGUCCACCACCUCGGGCGCCGACGAGUCCGCCGAGCAGCCGGUCGGCAUGCCCGAUCUUCAAGAGUACGUGUCCACGAGCGUGCCGGACGUCGACGAGCUGUUCCCGAGCCUGUGGGACAUGUUCGGCAACGCCUGA